AUUGAAUUUGGUUAGGUUCAUAUCCAGCACCUCUCUCCGGCGUCGUUUUGGUCGAUUCGCAUUUCAGAUGCAAGUGAAGCUGACUGGAGCUAAAGCUCAUGCAUUGUUGAUUUGAUUUUUAUGUCAGUGUAGGUGAUGGAGGAACUAUCAAUGGCGGAAUGGACAAAUCCCGGACCAAUUGAUGGUUCGGUGCUUUAUGAUCAGGACAAGCAUGUCUCCGCAGCUGUUUGGGAUGGACAGGAGCGUGGUGCACUUAGAUGCCACGAACACACUUCAAAGCUUGAUCAAUGGACUCUGACGAAAACACAAUUAGAGUUGGUAGAGAAGGCUGGAUUUGGUUAUUUAAGAUUGAUUCCUGCUAUUAGUCUAGACAACCCACUCAUUUCCGCAUUAGUUGAAAGAUGGAGGAGGGAAACAAACACUUUUCACCUGAAUGUUGGAGAAAUGACAGUAACCCUGAAGGAUGUUGCACUAUUGCUCGGACUAUCAAUUGAUGGAGAACCUGUAAUGGGUGUUACGUAUACCACCUGUAACUCGGUUUGUGACAGAUUUCUUGGAAAAACACCAGAGUCUAGUUAUAUUAGUGGUGGAAUGGUAAAGCUAAGCUGGUUGAAAGAGUUCUUUUCGCGUUGUCCUGAAGAUGCUCCACUUGAAGUGAUUGAGUAUCACACACGUGCCUACCUCUUAUAUCUUGUUGGAAGUACAAUAUUUUCCACUACCACUGGGAAUAAAGUCCCUGUCAUGUACCUUCCAUUGUUUGAAGAUUUUGACCAAUGUGGGAAAUAUGCCUGGGGGGCAGCAGCCUUAGCAUUCUUGUACAGGGCACUUGGCAAUGCCUCUCUGAGAUCUCAAAGUACAAUUAGUGGUUGUCUGACACUUCUCCAGUGCUGGAGUUACUUUUACCUGAAUAUUGGACGACCAAAGCUCAAUCAAGAUUCAGUACAUGACCGUUUUCCUUUUGUGCUUUGCUGGAAAGGAAAACAAAGUGGGCCUACAACAAACCGAGAUGUAGUUUUUUACCGUAAAGUUCUUGAUUCCAUGAAAGAAUGCGAUGUGGAGUGGCGUCCUUAUAGACAUGUGGACAGUAGUGUUAUCCCAAAAGAAAUUUUGAGUACUCUGGGUCUAGCAAAGUCGAAAACAAUGCUAAUUUGCUUUGACAAGGCAGAAAGGCAUCUCCCAGAUCGUUGUCUAAGACAAUUUGGCAACUCCCAGUCAAUCCCACAGGACGUAGAGCGAUGGGAGAGAAAAAGUCGCGGAGUUGAUGGUGGAGUUGAUUUGUCGGCAAAAAUGGAGUCAGAGCUCAAUGAAUGGUUAGAGCGUCGAUUUCAUAUUGUGGAACAGGAUGAUGAUGCAGAUGAAAGUGAGUACAUGCAGUGGUACCUGAAAAUUACACGUAAAUUUGUUGGGAGGCCUAUAUCCCUCUCAUCUGAGUUUCAAAGAACGAAUGCUGGUUUGAGAGAUAUUGCGCACAUAGCUGAUACAUUCUCGACAAAGGGUUUGGAUCCUGAACAAGUUGAGUUAAUAUCGAGGAUCAGGUAUAUUGCCCAUGAAUGUUUGAGGGACCAGAUUGGUGGUCCAUCCAUGGUGUCACCCACCCCACAAAACGAACUUGGCAAAAGGAUAAGAGGGAAGGAGAGGGUAAGAAGAAGAGGUGCAGGAAAACGUUUGCGGAAAAAUCAUCCAUUACAAUAUCACACUGCUAGUGAAGAUGAUCAAUCACCGUUUGCUGGUGCCACUGUUGUGGUUGAUCGGUUACAAUCAUAUCAUGCACAUAGAGAGGAAGAUCAUUUGCCGCUAUAUCCUGUUCAAAAUGAGGUCACUGCUUUGCAUAUGAUCAAUGGGGAUGAUGACAUUGGUUUUGAUCAGUCGGAGCUGGUCCAGGUGACUGGUGAGGAAUGCAACACUGAGCUAAGCCAUGCAGUUGUGAAGGUCGAUGAAACCCACCUCUUUGAAGCAACUGAAAAGAUGAUUGACUCACAAAUUUGUAAUGCAGUGAACGAGGUCAAAGACUUCCAAAUUUCUGAUUCAACUAAGGUUGAUUCUCAGAUUUGUAAUGCAAUGAGGGUAAAUGAUUCUCAACUCUGUAAUGAACCGGAGGAGGUUAUCAACUCACAGAUUUGCAAUGUAGAUGAGGAGGUUGACAAUUCACAUGUUUGUGAUGCAACACAGGAGGCUACUGACUCUCAUCUAUCCCCAGCAUCUGAAAAGGUUGAUGACUCCGAGCUUCCUGAACUUAACACUGAUAGUGAUAGACAAACAGCUAAAUUGGAAACAGAGGUUCCAGAGUCUUCUCUUGAGAUUCCUCAGGAUAUUGCAAACCAGAGUAACGACUAUAGUGUUGUAGUAUGAAGUACUGGUGCUAUCAUGAAAUUUUUGCUGAGGUAAUCAUUCUACAUGAUUUAAAAGAUGUUGACUA